GCAGCGGGUCUGGGCGUCUAGGCUCCUGGUAGUUUGCCCGGGUCUCAGCCAAUGGGAGGGCGUCGCCCAUCCUGCUCUCUUUUUCAGGGCUCCAGCGCCUCCAGGACCCUGCAGUCUCGCCUGGAGCUGCGAGGCGCUGCGCCGUUUUGCCUGCGCGCAGAGCCCGCCGCGACGGCCGCAGCCCACCGCACACGAGCCUGAGGAGCCCGGGCGCCGCGCCCUCCUCCCUCUCACAGCCACCGCCGCUCUUCGCACCCCCCGGUCUCGCACGCUUCGCGGCCCGUCUGAAGCUCCAGGCUGGCCCCGCGGCGCCGAGGGGACCAGGCUAGCCUAUGAGAGAGUCCAGAUAGCGCAGGUUAGGGGCACCCGCGCGCCCACUAUCCGGCCGGCAUGACUGGGCUGUCGCCCCUCGGAGAGCUGCCCCCCGAGUACACGCACGCAGCUCCAACCACUGCAUCUCAGAUCCCAAUGGGGAGCCUGAAGUCUCCACUCUGGCUUCGUGCUUACUUCCAAGGUCUGCUCUUCUCUCUGGGCUGCAGCAUCCAGAGACACUGUGGCAAAGUGCUCUUCCUGGGACUCUUGGCCUUUGGGGCUCUGGCACUGGGUCUCCGUUUGGCCAUUAUUGAGACAGACCUGGAACAGCUCUGGGUAGAAGUAGGUAGCCGAGUGAGUCAAGAACUGCAUUACACCAAGGAGAAGCUGGGAGAGGAAGCUGCCUACACCUCCCAGAUGCUGAUUCAGACUUCGCGCCAGGAAGGGAAGAAUGUCCUCACAUCUGAAGCUCUCAGCCUCCAUCUCCAGGCAGCCUUCACUGCCAGUAAAGUGCAAGUGUCGCUGUAUGGAAAGUCCUGGGAUUUGAACAAAAUCUGCUAUAAGUCAGGAGUUCCCCUUAUUGAAAACGGAAUGAUUGAACGGAUGAUUGAGAAGCUGUUUCCGUGUGUGAUCCUCACCCCACUUGACUGCUUCUGGGAAGGAGCCAAACUCCAAGGGGGCUCUGCAUACUUGCCGGGCCGCCCCGAUAUCCAGUGGACCAACCUGGAUCCGGAGCAGCUACUCAAGGAGUUGGGCUCCUUUGCCUCCCUUGAGGGCGUUCGGGAACUGCUGGACAAAGCGCAGGUGGGCCAGGCCUACGUAGGGCGGCCCUGUCUGGACCCUGAGGACCUCCAGUGCCCUCCGACGGCCCCCAACCACCACAGCAGGCAGGCUCCCAAUGUGGCUCAGGAGCUGAGUGGAGGCUGCCACGGCUUCUCCCACAAAUUCAUGCACUGGCAAGAGGAAUUGCUGCUGGGAGGCAUGGCCCGGGACCCCCAAGGGCAGCUGUUGAGGGCAGAGGCCCUACAGAGCACAUUCCUGCUCAUGAGUCCUCGCCAGCUGUACGAGCACUUCCGAGGCGACUACCAGACGCAUGACAUCAGCUGGAGUGAGGAGCAGGCUGGCAUCGUGCUGCGAGCCUGGCAGCGGCGCUUUGUGCAGCUGGCCCAGGAGGCCCUGCCUGAGAACUCUUCGCAGCAGAUCCAUGCCUUCUCUUCCGCCACGCUGGACGACGUCUUGCAAGCCUUCUCAGAAGUCAGCGCCAUCCGUGUGGCAGGAGGCUAUCUGCUUAUGCUGGCCUAUGCCUGUAUGACCAUGCUGCGCUGGGACUGUGGCCAGUCACAGGGUGCCGUAGGCCUUGCUGGGGUAUUGCUGGUGGCCCUGGCAGUGGCCUCGGGCCUUGGACUCUGUGCCAUGCUCGGGAUCACCUUCAAUGCUGCUACUACUCAGGUGCUGCCCUUCUUGGCCCUGGGCAUCGGGGUGGAUGACGUAUUCCUGCUGGCACAUUCCUUCACAAAGGCCCCACUGAGCACCCCUCUGCAGGAGCGCAUGGGCGAGUGUCUGCAGCGCACCGGCACCAGCGUCACGCUUACAUCUGUCAGUAACAUGGUUGCCUUCUUCUCGGCUGCCCUGGUGCCCAUUCCUGCCCUGCGGGCCUUCUCCCUGCAGGCAGCAGUCGUGGUUGGCUGCAACUUUGCAGCUGUGAUGCUCAUCUUCCCAGCCAUCCUCAGCCUGGACCUGCACCGUCGCCACCACCAGCGCCUCGAUGUACUCUGUUGCUUCUCCAGCUCCUGUUCUGCUCGAGUGAUGCAAAUUCUGCCCCAGGAGCUGGGGGAGAGGACAGUACCAGUAGGCAUUGCCCACCUGACCACCACAGUACAAGCUUUCACCCACUGUGAAGCCAGCAGCCAGAAUGUGGUCACUGUCUUACCACCCCAAACCCUGGUGCCCCCAGCUUCUGCCUCACUGGCUUCUGAACUCUUCAGCCCUCGAGGGUCCACUCGAGACCUUCUAGAGCAGGAGGAGGGCUCGAGGCAGAAGGCAUCCUUCAAGCCUCCACCUUGUGCCUGUUGGAAUCUUGCCCGCUUCACCCGGAAUUGGUUUGCACCCUUACUGCUCCAGUCACAUGCCAAGGCCCUGGUGCUGGUGUUCUCGGGGGCCCUUCUGGGCCUGAGCCUCUACGGAGCCACCUUGGUGGAAGAUGGGCUGGCCCUGGCAGAUGUGGUGCCUCGGGGCACCAAGGAGCAUGCCUUCCUGAGCGCCCAGCUCAGGUACUUCUCCCUGUAUGAGGUGGCCCUGGUGACCCAGGGUGGCUUUGACUACACCCACUCCCAACGUGCCCUUUUUGAUCUGCACCAGCGCUUCAGUUCCCUCAAGGCUGUUGUGCCCUCACCUGCCGCCUGGGUGCCCCGCACCUGGCUGCACUAUUACCGCAACUGGCUACAGGGAAUCCAGGCUGCCUUUGACCAGGACUGGGCUUCUGGCCGCAUCACCCGCCACUCCUGCCGCAAUGGCUCUGAGGAUGGGGCCCUGGCCUACAAGCUGCUCAUCCAGACUGGAAAUGCCCAGGAGCCUCUGGAUUUCAGCCAGCUGACCACAAGAAAGCUCGUGGACAAGGAAGGCCUAAUCCCCCCAGAGCUCUUCUACGUGGGGCUCACUGUAUGGGUGAGCAGUGACCCCCUGGGACUGGCAGCCUCACAGGCCAACUUCUACCCCCCACCUCCUGAGUGGCUGCACGACAGAUUUGACACCACCGGGGAGAACCUCCUCAUCCCAGCCGCACAGCCCCUGGAGUUUGCCCAAUUCCCCUUCCUGCUGCAUGGUCUUCAGGAGACUGCAGACUUCAUGGAGGCCAUUGAGGGCGCCCGGGCAGCAUGUGCAGAGGCCAGCCAGGCAGGGGUGCAUGCCUACCCCAGCGGCUCCCCCUUCCUCUUCUGGGAGCAGUAUCUAGGCCUACGGCGCUGCUUCUUGCUGGCUGUGUGUGUCCUGCUGGUGUGCACCUUCCUGGUCUGUGCCCUGCUGCUGCUCAGCCCCUGGACGGCUGCUCUCAUAGUGGUGGUCCUGGCCAUGGUGACUGUGGAGCUCUUUGGUGUCAUGGGUUUCCUGGGCAUCAAGCUGAGUGCCAUUCCCGUGGUGAUCCUCGUGGCCUCUGUAGGCAUUGGUGUUGAGUUCACAGUCCACGUGGCCCAGGGCUUCCUGACCUCCCAAGGUAGCCGGAACCUUCGGGUGGCCCAGGCUCUGGAGCACACAUUCGCUCCUGUGACUGAUGGAGCAGUGUCCACGCUGCUGGGUCUGCUCAUGCUCGCUGGCUCCAGCUUCGAUUUCAUUGUGAGGUACUUCUUCAUGGUGCUGAUGGCGCUCACUCUCUUGGGCCUGCUCCAUGGACUUGUGCUGCUGCCCGUGCUGCUGUCUAUCGUGGGGCCCCCACCGGAGGUGGUACAGGUGUGCAAGGCGAACCCCCGAGUGCCAAGCCCCGCUGCUGCACAGGAAGGUGGGCUCAGGUGGGGAGCGGCUCCCAGCCUGCCCCAGAGCUUUGCCAGAGUGACCGCCUCUAUGACUGUGGCCUUCCAUCCACCCCUGCUCCCGGGUGCCCACAUCCACCCAGCCUCUGACGAGCCCACGUGGUCCUCUGCUGCUGUCACCUCCACUGCCGACGCCUCUGGCAACCCCAGUUCUAGGGGAUCAUGUUCCACCACUGAAUGAAGGAGUCGCAGAAAAUGAGGCCCUGCUUGUUCUGGGAGGUCACGGUGGGCAGUCUGGGGUGUGGCCCACGGGCCCUGCUGCUGUGUCUGCCUCCCCGCUCCGUUCUGGCAGCACCCCUGACCUCCAUGCAGCAUGGCCUGGUGCUCCAGAGCCCAUGUCUGCCAGUGCCUGCACUCAGGCAGGGAUGAAAGCCGGCACUUAAGGCUGCAGGGCAGCUGGGUCCCCUCCACGGUGCUGCCCACACAGGAGUCCAAGCUUUCUGGGCCCUCGAACUCCCUGAGCCAGUGCUGGCCUCUCACUGCUUGGUGAUUCCAAGGUAGGGCUGUGUGGCCCUGUCCACCUCCCAUAAAUUAUUUAUAUGAAGAUGUUUAUUUUUGUAGUGUACACAGAUGUUAGCUCUGCUGAAAGUUUUAUUUUUAAAGAAUGAAAUAUAUUCUAUAUGAACUCAUUGCA